AUGACACCAGGUGACCAUUGGGGCCUCCCAAGCUACCUCCGAAAGGAGCUUUUAAAUUUCCACACUUACACAAUUCAAAAGGAGCGUGAGCUCCGCGUGGUCAUACACGGCAUCCCGAAGGAAUUAGGUGCCGACCUCCUAAAGGCCGACCUUCUAGAACAAGGUCUGCCGAUCGAUUCCGUGCACCGCAUGCACACAGGACGCGGGAGGGAGCCAUACAACAUAUGGUUCUCGUCGCUCUCCAGCCUACCCCCGAGGACGCUUUUGAUUAAAGAAAUACAUCCUAGUAUUGGAGAAAUUCGGAAGAAAUUACAAGUCAAACACAUAGAGGAGCAGGAAUUAAUUAAAAUUCGGGAAGUAAUAGCACUGUGUUGUAAUCAAAUAAAAAAAUGUGUGGUAAACCUUCUUGGAAUAUUCAAGUUAGAGUACAAUCAAGGAAUAUUUCUUCAGGAGUGCUGCCGACCACCUCGAGAUGAAAGCCGCCAAUGUCACGUAGAGAGAUUGGAAUGGUGCAUAGACAGAUUAAAUACAAUAGACCAACAUCUUGAAAAAAGAAACAGUAAUUUGUCUAAUGACAAUACAGAUGAUUCAAUUAAUGUGACCACAAUGUAUUUUGUGAACUGGAUUGACCACACAUUUGAGGUUUUAUCAAAAUUAUCCGAAGUUGUCUAUAAAAAUGAUUAUAAAGAAAAUUUUGGGAUGUGUGAGCUCUGGAAAUCUGAAUUGCUGCAGAUACUGAGCGAUCUUCAUCUUGCAAUUGAUGAGCUACUACUAUCUGCUAUGACGCUUUGCAAAUAUUGUCUACCAAGUGAUCAGCACAUAGUCAAAGCUAGAUGUCAAGUUGUAUUACGGGAAACAAAAGCACUUAUGACUGAGUUAAUUAGUGGGGAUGUGUCUUCAACAAUUAAAUUAUCACCAGCAACUUUGAGAUUACCCAUAAUGCCUUCUAAUAUCAAUGUCCUUAUUGAUGUAUUAAAGGAUGUUCUGUAUGUUCUUGAAACAAACACAAAUACUGCUUUACUUGCAUUAUUAAUACACUGUUUCAGUUACAGUAAGUCCCCUAUUGAUAUAUUUAAAGAACAUUUUAGUAGCAGCUCAAGAGGGGUCUGUGACUGUUUGGUGAAAACUGAAAUUGAUGAUACUGAAGAUUGUAUCUUUGUGAAAGAAUUUGAUUUGUAUAAUGAGAGGUUGUUGCAAAUUGGUUCAUUUGCCAUAUCAUGUUCUUCAGAUCAAAGCCGUAUACUAUCAGUGCGAAGCGGUAUAGCAAGUCUCGAAGCAUUGGAUCCUCACCUAGUACCGGCGCUAAUGAUGUCACCUGAAAGUUAUCAUUCGAUGUUGCUGAUGAAUUCAUGGCUACAAGAAGUUCAGGAAAUACGAGACAGCGUGUUUUUGAUUGUGGAACCCACUGCUUUUUCGGAGAAAUCAAAACAAAUGAUGCACGAAAAAUUACUGGAAUUAGUAAAAUCAAAUUGUUACAACAAUAGUGAUGUGUGUGUUGUGAUUAACAUUGGAAGUAUUGUUUAUGAUUUUUUUGAAGCUUACAAUAAGAAUGAACCAACUGCUCUGAAUGAUUAUGACAAAAUAAAACCAUUAUUAAUUGAUUUGAAGAAAGGUUAG